AGACCGAGAGCAAUUCACAGUUUGAACUUAAAACAAGUAAAUAAAGUUAACUUGCAGUCUGAAUAUCCCCUUCACAACACGUUUGAUAUACUGCGGGGAAAAUAAUAAGGGAAUCACUCACUUUUGCUUUCGAGAGGACUUACAUAGCCUGCAAAAAUGAUUUUCGACAAGUUAAAAAAGUUUGACAUCGUCUUCGACUCACCGGAGGUGGACUGUCCUCCGGUGUUCAGCAGCAGGGACGUGGUGUCUGGCCGUGUGGUGGUGGACCUGUCCGGGGAGAGUCGGGUUGAGUCCCUGAAGUUACACGCCGAAGGAUUCGCUAAAGUGCACUGGACCGAGUCCCGGUCCGCCGGCUCCAGCACCGCAUACACCCAGAACUACAGCGAUGAGGUGGAGUACCUGAACCGGAGAGAGGUGCUGCUGCAGGCAGAUAAUGGUGAAAUGACCGUCCUUCCUGCCGGCAGACAUGAGUUUCCCUUCAGCUUCCAGUUGCCUGAGGAGACGCUGGUCACCUCCUUCGAGGGAAAACACGGCAGCAUUCGUUACUGGGUCAAAGUUAAGUUGCACAGGCCAUGGGCCACUGUCAAGAAGAUAAAGAAGGAUUUUACAGUCAUCGAGCCCAUCGACAUCAACACGCCAGCCUUUCUGGCGCCACAGGCUGGAACGAAGGACAAGUUGGCACGUGCAUGGUACCGCAACUUUGGACAGGUGUCUAUAACUGCAAAGAUCGAUCGCAAAGGCUACACACCAGGUGAAGUGAUACCUGUCUUUGCGGAGUUUGACAACUGUACCUCCAGAUCAGUUGUGCCCAAAGCUUACAUCACUCAGACACAGACGUUCAUCGCCCGCGGCACAAUGAAGCAGAAGCGAGCGGUGGUGGGAACGCUUUCUGGUGAUAUUGUAGGAGCCAGAUGCAGGGAGACGUGGCACGGUCGCGCAAUCAAAAUCCCACCUGUGGGUCCCUCCAUCCUGCAGUGCCGCAUCAUCAAAGUAGAGUAUAUGCUGAAGGUUUGUGUUGAUGUUCCUGGGACAUCCAAGCUGUGCCUGGAACUGCCUCUGGUCAUAGGCACCAUCCCUCUUCAUCCCUUCGGCAGCCGGACCUCCAGCGUCAGCAGCCAGUACAGCGUCAACCUGGAGUGGCUGCGCAUGGCAAUCCCUGAGCAGCCUGAGCCUCCUCCAGAUUACAGCUCUGUGGUGACAGAGGAGGAGGCAGAGCAGCGCAACAAUGCAGUGGUUCCUCUAGCGCAACACGCCGAAGACCUGAGUGGGAUUCUGGAGCGCCCUCUCAUGGCUUUUGUCCAAGAGUUUCGCUUCCGACCUCCGCCGGUGUACAGCGAGGUUGACCCCAACCCUCAGCCCUUAAACAUGAGACCUCGCUGCAUGACAUGUUGAACCAUGAGCCCUUACUGAGCAUCAAGCGACCUAACUUAAAGAAAAGAAUCAAGAGAUUUCUCUUCUCCUGGAUUACUGCUCUCUGAUGAUGGCACCUGGUCCACAGAGUGUCGUGGAGAGAGACUGGAGCGCCACGGAGAGUUCAGGAGACGGAGCUCACGGGAACUGGAUGUUGAGUGGAAGAGCUACCACUUUGUUUCACGUCCAUAAAGAAAAGUGGACCCUUUCCGAUUGUGUUACUACUCCAGAUCAGUUCCUGUUCUCCCCAAGUGAUUUAUGGCUCCUUUCUGAGAAGCGAGCUGUAAAACCUCCCAAUCAAUGAUUCCCUCAUGUGAAGCGAAUUUUGUGAUUCAAGGAGUUUUGGACAUAUUUGGGGGGAAAAAUCACUUUGUAAUUGUCAGGUGGAGAGUUGAAAUUACAACUGUUGUGGUAACAUUAUGUAAAAGGGAAUAAUAAGUAUGCCUUAAUUACCUGCUGUUUAAGAUUGCAUGAGAGUUUCAGGGAGUUGUUGUCUCAAAGAGAUUAACAGCACUGAAUGUAUUCAAGAACUUGGAACAAAAAUGGUUGGAUUGUAUGUUUAUGAAUUCCAAGAGAGGUGUUUAGGUUUAUGCAAGGCUUAAGGCACUGAAAUGUCAGAUAGUUGUAGUUGUUGAUUUCAGCACACUGAUAAAAUAGAAGUGGUAGUGAAGAAGGUGCUGUGGGGCGCUUUGUGACUCCUAACCAGAACACAGUGCAAGGCGAGCCUUAAGCUGGAGACGCGACUGAAAUGUACGGACAAAGAACAUUCCAAAAAUUGACCGGAGGAUUAUGUGUUUGUUCCUCAACUUCCAAAAAAAAAUGUAAAAGUAUGAACAAAGUCUUCAGGGUCAGCUGUGCGACUUCUGUGGCAUGCACUGAAAUAUAUUUUUAUACAAAUUGUUGAUUCACAAUCUUACCAAAGUUUUAUAAACUUUUUUUCUAAUAAAAAAGAUUAAAAUAA